CAUUUAACGCUCUCUUAGCCUAAUCUCCAAGCAGAGUCCCGGUGGCAUACGAUAGUAUCAACUUGAGCUGGUCAAGGUAGGCGGCUGACUUCCUCUGGCCGGCUCCUUGGCCAGCUUUGAUACUAUCUUAUCCCACCGGGAUUCUGCUUGAAGAUUAUCUUAGCCAAGCUACUGUCCUUAUUUCGAAUUCUUUUAACAUGGAAGCGUUUCUGCUACGUCGUCAUGCUUUGCCAAUAGCUGAUCGCUCAAUCAUGCACCCGAAUAUCACCAGUUUGGGCGAAGUUGUUCUUUUCCAAAUUUCCAAAUGUACUCGAGGAAUUAGCUGAUAAUACCCUGGCUACUGUGAUACGCAGCAGGUUUUUAUAAGCAUGGUGGGACGUUUUGUAUUGAAUUUCACAUGCUAUCAGUAACAGCAACAAGAAGCCAUCAUAUCAAAUCCCGAUACAACGAUGGCGUACAGUUUUCGAAAUUUUCCACGAUCCUUAAUACUGGCCGUUAAGGGACCAAUACAAGGUACAAGUGUGAUAACGUGUUCCUAAAUGAGACAUCGUUCAAACAGCAUUUUGAUCCAGACCCAGUUCUGCAACUUGGAAAGAAGCCAUCAGAUAAAAUCCCGAUACAAGCAUGGCGUACAGGCUAGCGCACAUCCUGACCAUAGUUUCCAAUCUGAUCUUCCAUUUUUUUCUAGCGUCUAGACAUUCUUAUAACGUUAUGUUAAGUUGGCUAAAAGUUUUGAUAGUGGACAUAGGGAGAGAGAGCAAAUAGGGGUACAGCUAACACCCUGGUGACUGUGAAAAUACACAGGACUCGAGGUUUUAUCAGCUUUGUGGGAUGUACUUAGUAUUAAAUUUCACAUGCUAUCGGUAACAACAGCAAGACGCCAUCGCAUGAAAUCCCGAUACAAGCAUGGCGUACAGGCCAGUACACAUCCUGACCAUAGUUUCCAGUCUAAUCUUCCAUCUGAGCAUCUUCAGGUGGCUAGCCGCACCUGUGAUGAAGAAGAUAUCUUCUACUUUUGGGAAAUUGUCCCCGAAGAAACAAGUGGUCAUAACAAACAGUGUGAUGGCCUUGGUCCACAGUGUGGUUGUUGGAGGCAUGUCUGCGUAUGUCUUCAUGUACCCAGGGGACGUACUGCCGACUACAUUUUGGUAUGACUCACCUGCCGUGAGGCACACAGCGUGUGUAUUUCUUGGAUACACGGUGGCCGAUCUCUUGGUAAUGGCAACACAACCCGCUCAGUACGAUCUUAUGAUGUUGGUUCAUCAUUUGAUGGCCGUAUUUGGAUCAAUGGCCGGUACAGUAAGUGGUCAUUCCUCCCCAUUUCUACAUAUCUUUAUGAUUUGAUAUUUCUAUCUUAGCCUUUUCACUGAGUCAUUUUUAUUGGCGUUUAUAUUGGAUUGCGUCAAAUACUGUCGUUUAUUUCAAAGUUUCUUUAAAUCUUUUUCCUCACCUUCCCCCAGUG